CGGGGCUUAUCGGCAGCUCGGCGCAGCCAGCCUACCUACAUGCUUAUUGUGUAAAUCUUUAACAAGCAAUUAGCCGCAGCAUCAUCUAAAGCUUCCCUGCCCCCGGCUGGACGCAACAUAUUUUUGGAAAGCUUUGAGGCAGCUCGAUUAAAAAUAAAUAAAAAGGCAUCCUCCUCCUCCUCCUCCUCCUCAUCCUCAGCCAUGACUGACAGGAAGGCUGUGAUCAAGAAUGCAGACAUGUCGGAGGACAUGCAGCAGGACGCCGUGGACUGUGCCACGCAGGCCAUGGAGAAGUACAACAUAGAGAAGGACAUUGCAGCCUACAUCAAGAAGGAGUUCGAUAAGAAGUACAACCCCACCUGGCACUGCAUCGUCGGCAGGAACUUCGGCAGCUACGUCACCCACGAGACCAAGCACUUCAUCUACUUCUACCUGGGCCAGGUGGCCAUCCUGCUCUUCAAGUCUGGCUGAGGAGGGUGUGCCGGGUGCUGAGGGGCCUCCGCCCCCUGGAGCCUGAAUCGGAAGUGCACUGGUGGCUGAUGUCUCCCAUACACUAAUAACGACAUACCAUAACGAUGCAAAACCGGCCGUGCGCAACUGCAUGGACUAUACACUAUUUAAUAUGUAUGUUACAGUAAGUUUACUUUUCCAAUAGUUGCCAUUUGAAUGAAUUCAUUGAAUUGAAUUUGAACCGAAGUAGUUUCUGUUGAUGCCGUUAAGUUCUAGGUUGUAAAAGAUUUCGGUGUGGCCCUUGAUUGUACGAUAGAAAGGAAAGCUGUAGAAUGUAGUGAUGCAUCUGCUUUCCUCCGAUCUUGUUCUGAGACUCUGGUUUCGUUGGUAAAACUCAUAACACGCGCACCACUUUAACAGCCCAUCAAGAUUUGGGUUAUUAUCAUUUUCUUCCUUAUUAUCUGUUUAAAAGAACUUUUAAGAGUUGAUUUAAAACCGUAUUUUGUUUGCAGAUUAGUGGAAUUACUUUAGGAGAAGACGUUAACGCCAUCCGAAACGCAUGCGAUUUAGGCACAAACCAGUGCGGGCAUUUCCAGGGACGAUCUUAAAUUUUCACUGUGAAGGACGACGGAGGGACGGAGGUCGGCGGAGGUUAGACGUUAUCCCGGAGCGUCCCGGCUCCGCGACCCGCCGGGUACUGGAAUCCCCCCCCCGCCGCACCUCACCCGGCCACUUCACUUCAUGAUCCUGCGUUCCUGCAUGUUUGGAGAAUAAUUCCAGUUGAUUUAAGUCUCUGUGUUGCUGAACUCUCACCUUCGAGUUUGUGGAUGUUGAACUGAGCCAACGCGAGUCUGGUCCCUGUGUUUGCUACGAAGCAGCUUUAGGAAAGUCUUUGAUGUGGAGCAUCUUCGCCACAGCUGCAGUCCCCCCCGCCGCCCGUCGUCUCACACGGCUUUCAAGUUGCAUGUCGCACACACACUGUGUAGUUUGCGUUGCCAGUGUGCUGCCAGACAUGCAGGAGAGUGAAGCAUGUUGGAAAUGGGACUUCUUAAAGCGGGUUUAUUUCUGCUUUCAUCUCAUAGUUUCGGCCUCUGCUUUUAUUUUGAAAUGGCGAAGCGCGGCGUGCUGUUAGUGAGGACGGGCGGCGGCGGCGGCGGCCGUCCCUGGAGCUGGGCGACGCCGCACGUGUUGUUUUUCAGUUGCAUCUCUCCGGUGUUGGCUUGGAUCGACGUUGUUUUGGAGGGACGUCUUCCUAACUCGUGUCAGUGUAAACAGGUUUAGUAUCGUUUUCCUCCGGCAUGUUCCUCUGCUGUGUCUGUGUAGGAGCCGUUCCACCGCUGUUCUAUUUGCACAAAACGUGUGCCUGUCAUUGCUCUCAACUGUAACCGGCUUGAGUACAAUUGCACUUCAUUAGAGAUAUUCAGUAGGUUGCUACAGAACCAAAAUCGUGUAAACUCGAUUAAAUAAAAAGUAAUUGUUGACUUAUUA